GUGCUGUCAAAAGAAAAGUUACAAAAUACGUGUCCCCACUUGCACCGUCAACAGUCAACACUAAUUGUUCUUCUACAUCAUUGCGGCCACCGUUUCCUUCUCGGAAAUCAAUCUCUGAAACUUGCCUCUCUGGGUAAAAAACCUCGAAGAGUUGUAUUUCAAGCAAUCUUGUUUGAUAAUUUUGCCUAAGAGAAAAUCAUUGAGUAAACUAAAACAGCACCAUGAGCUCCAGGGAGGAGACUGAGGAUGGACUUAGGAAACCGUUCCUCCACACGGGUAGUUGGUAUAGAAUGAGCUCCAGGCAGUCCAGCAUGAUGGGCUCCUCUACCCAGUUUAUCCGCGAUGGCGCUGUCUCCGUCGUCUUCUGCGUCCUUAUCGUUGCUUUGGGUCCUAUCCAAUUCGGAUUCACCUGUGGGUAUUCUUCGCCUACGCAAGCGGAAAUCAUCAGCGAUCUCAAGCUCUCUAUUUCAGAGUUCUCUCUGUUUGGAUCUUUAUCCAAUGUUGGCGCUAUGGUUGGAGCUAUUGCUAGUGGUCAGAUUUCUGAGUACAUUGGCCGCAAGGGGUCGCUGAUGAUUGCCGCGAUCCCUAAUAUAAUUGGUUGGUUAUGCAUAUCAUUUGCAAAAGAUUCAUCUUUUUUAUUCAUGGGAAGGUUGUUGGAAGGGUUUGGUGUUGGUAUAAUCUCAUACACUGUGCCAGUAUAUAUAGCCGAGAUAUCGCCCCAGAACUUGAGAGGAGGCCUUGGAUCUGUUAACCAGCUUUCGGUUACUCUUGGAAUCAUGCUAGCUUACGUAUUAGGACUUUUUGUAAAUUGGAGGCUGCUUGCAGUUUUAGGAAUGUUGCCUUGCACAUUAUUAAUACCUGGCUUGUUUUUCAUACCUGAAUCUCCUCGAUGGCUGGCCAAAAUGGGGAUGACAGAAGAUUUUGAAACAUCUUUGCAAGUCUUACGGGGAUUUGAUGUAGACAUUUCUGCUGAAGUGAAUGAAAUCAAGAGAUCCGUAGCAUCAUCAAACAAAAGAACAACAAUACGGUUUGCAGAUCUCAGGCGGAGAAGAUAUUGGUUCCCUUUGAUGGUAGGAAUUGGAUUACUUAUGCUCCAGCAGCUCAGUGGCAUCAAUGGGGUUUUAUUCUAUUCCAGUAACAUCUUUGAAAGUGCUGGGCUUAAUUCAAGUAAUCUUGCUACUGUUGGAGUUGGGAUCAUUCAGGUUCUUGCCACUUGUGUCACCACAUGGUUGGUGGAUAAAGCUGGGCGUAGGAUUCUUCUUAUUAUAUCUACAUCUGGAAUGACUGUUAGCUUGCUUCUUGUUGCAGUUGCCUUUUAUUUAGAGGGCAUUGUUUCAAACGAUUCACAUUUAUAUAGCAUUGUGGGAAUCCUGUCACUUGUGGGGCUUGUGGCUAUGGUAAUUUUCUUCUCCCUUGGGCUUGGAGCUAUUCCUUGGCUUAUAAUGUCUGAGAUACUCCCAGUGAAUAUUAAGGGCCUUGCCGGCAGUGUAGCAACCUUGGCAAAUUGGCUGACGUCCUGGGUGGUCACAAUGACUGCAAACUUGCUGUUGAGUUGGAAUAGUGGAGGCACUUUUACUAUUUACACGGUGGUGACUGCUUUUACUGUUGUUUUUGUGACUUUAUGGGUCCCUGAAACCAAAGGAAGAACUCUGGAAGAAAUACAAUCAUCCUUCAGAUAGAAGUGUUUAUACAAGCUUGUGUGAUCUGCUUUCAACUAAAUCAUUUAUUGACGCAAAUUGACUCAGUUGUGUUUAUGAACUCGCCUUGGAUCAUGUGUUGUUCCAUUCUUUUAACUCUUGAUUUGUUAUAUGCUCAAAGGAGAAAAAAACAAAAAUAAAGAAAUUCAAUACAUUUAA